AUGGCUGCCAGCACCGCAGCCACGACUCCCCUGCCUCCAGUGAAGAGCGUGGUGGUGUAUAAGAAUGGAGACCCCUUCUACAGUGGACGGAGGUUCGUGGUCAACCAGAGACAGGUGGCCACCAUGGAGGCCUUUCUGACUGAAGUGACCCAGAGCAUCGGGGCUCCGCUUGCCGUCAGGACUCUGUACACCCCCAGACAGGGCCACAGGGUCACAGACCUCCAGGACCUCCAGACAGGAGCCAAGUAUGUUGCUGCUGGCUUUGAAAGGUUCAAGAAACUGGAUUACUUGAACGGCAGAACGAAAAAGCAGACUGCUGCCCGUGAGGAAACCCAGGCCAAAGUAACCCAGAGGCCAAAUGUUUCAGCUAAAUGGAGGAAGUUUGUACCUCUACCUUGCAUUUUACACGUUUUCCGUAAUGGAGAUCUCCUGUGUCCACCGUUCCGGUUCAUUAUUCCUCGGAGCAUGCAGCACGACCUGGAGAAGAUCCUGAGUCUGGUCACAGAAAAGGUCAGCUUACGAACCGGAGCUGUGCGCAGGUUGUGCUCUUUGGAAGGAGCAACUGUGUCCUCAGCUAUGGAGCUGGAGACUGGCCACUGCUAUGUUGCCGUGGGAACCGAGAGGUUCAAGAAACUUCCAUAUGUGGAGCUGUUGGUUACAAAAGCCACAGAGAGAUAUAACCCAGGAAAGAGAAGGCUGUUAAGGAGAAAUGAGAACAGGAAAGCAAGGAGCGGUCCAGAAGACCAGUACAGUGACUCAGCCCUCCUCGACUCCCCAGAGUCAGAUGGUCGGAGGGUGAAGUCGACAGGUGAUGAAGCUGCGCCUCCAGCAGCCGCCAAGCAGAGGAGCAGGAGAGAGGGAGCAGAUGAGACCUCUGAGUUCUUCGCCAGGCCGGUCAAGAUCCGCCACUACAGAGGACCGCCAAGACCACCACCCAGCAAUGGAUCUGUUCAGCCCAGUGUGUUUAAAAGAGCAGCACGGAGGAGAAGAGAGGAGGUACGAGGGGCCGAGGAGGUGCACGAGGAUGAAAACACAGCUACAGAGCUUCCUGUUGACCAGAGAGCUGCAGAAAUAGUGGAGGAUGAGGAACUAAACAACCGAAACACACAGCAGAGACAUGCACAAAGUAUAGAGAAUGAGCAGCACGAUGGGAGCGAACACCCACACAAACUAAAUGGAAAACAGGCUCCGUCAUCUGAACAAGAUGGUGUGAAACAGACAGAAAAUUCUGCAACGACUGAGGAGUCUGCUGCUGAAAUACUGGAACCUGAGCUGAAGAAGACGUCUUCAAAGUCAAGGCCUUCAUCAUCAGUGUCUCAGCCACAGAACACGGAAGAAAAGGAGAACCUACAGAACCUUCGUCAGGAGGACUGGUGA